UGGACGGAAAGGAAAGUGGAAAAUUUUCCUAAUCUAAGAUAUUAAUCUACCAUACUGUCUGACGGAGAUAUAAAGGAUUGAUUUUCAAUUUAUAAAAUUGACAUAUUGUGCUCGCCUAUGGAAUUUUAAAUAGAAAUAGUAAAGAUGGAUCGGACCGAAUUUAUUACGCCGUGGGUUCAAUCGAGAGCUCACGUGGAACAUAUUCAUAAAUGGAAACAUAUCGGUGUUAUACCGAAACCAUUCGCACCACGUCACUCUAUUACAUUUUUUAAUAAUAAAAAGCAAGAAAAGAGAAUAACCGAGAAAAUUUCGGCAUACGAUCGAUUGCACAAAUACGAAGAUUUCGAUCCACGAAAGCCACGAGCCGAAUGUACAAGUCCUUCUUUGAUUUGGUCGGAGAUUUACCAAGAGAACAAACAUCAUAUCGUCCCGAUGAUCACUAAUCAUUGGUACGGUCGUCCGAAUCGUGAACAGAUCGAUUAUCCCGAUAAGUCUUUGUGUCGUGCCUCGCAAAUACGUGAAUUCUAUCGGCGUAAUGAUCUCAACUUGGUCGCCGAUGUUAUAAGAGAAUAUCAAAUGUGUUAUAAUUGAAAUAGAAAAUAAUAUUUAGGACACGUAUCUGUUAUAAUUGUUUCAUUAUAU